AUGGUGUGCGAUAACGAGCGACCGCUCUGCAAAAAGUGCCGGGACUCGGGCCGAGAAUGCAGCUAUGAACGGGAGACUGUCUUUAUCAUCGGAACCAUCGAGGACGGCGGCCGCUGCUCCUCACACCCCCCUCGGGUAGUCAAGUCAUCAAAAAAGGGGAAGUCGUCGUCGAGAGCCGACGAAGAUAGGCUGGAACUCACUUCCACAGAGCCUCUGCAGCCAGCCUGGGACGACCUGGUCUCAGUCUUAAACCGUGGAAAGGGCCAGCACCAAGUCCAGAUUGCCGCCGUCCACACGAAUCUGCAGGGGAUAGUGCGAGGGCCGGCUGGAGCCUGGAGUGGCGACGACGACGACGACGGAGAGGGUGACGAAGGAGGCGGUGGAAGCGGCAGUGGCGGCGGCAGUAGUAGUAUCACCACCAGCAGCAACAAGUUCUCCUUUCUCCACCUCCCAGCCUACCGGACUCCCGACGUCCAGCCCUUCAUGAGCCAAGACGACUUCCAGCUGAAAUCGCAGGCCGUGGUGCACCUUGCUCCCCAAGAGGACAGCCAGUCGGACACCAUGUCGGCAACGGCAGACAGCAUAUGCCUGUUCCUCUAUGAGCACAACCACUCCGUCUUCUCCAGCAACCAAGCCCCGUGGAGAGACCCGUCGAUACAGAACAAUACCGUGCGGCGGCUGGGCCCCGACAGCUUCCGCUCGUUUCCCAACCACCACUUCUUUAUCUGUGCCGCUCUUCUGAACCGAACACCGAUUUUCCUCGCCAACCCGGAAUGGAUGGCUACGCCGUGGGAGCUUCACCCCAAGACCUUCUUCGACCGACUCCUCGACAUUCUGGUGUCGUUGCCCGCUGUGCUGGCGCGGUCGGACCGCAUUCUGUCCCAGGAGCAGACCAUGGGGCGGCGGUUGAUGGCCCAAGACCUGUUAAUCAACUGUCUCAACAUUGAGCGGCAGCUCGACGAGUGGUACACGGCGGCCACACACCAACCAGGAGCCUUUUGGGUGCAGGAUCCGUUGGACGCGGCGGCUGCGGCGGCUGCGGCGGUGGCAGCAACAGGAGGAGUAGGAGGAACAGCAGCCUCGUCGUCUUCCCCACCGCCUCCGGUCAUCGUGGACAACAUUCCGUUUUGCGACAUGUACGGGUUCCGAGACGGCGUGACAGCCAUCAUGUUCAUCUACUACUGGAUGGCGCUGGUGUUGUUCUACCCGUGCAUUGAGCGGUUGUACUGGGCCAUGUUCGAGCCCGUGGUCGACGGGCCGAUGCCGCAAGCCAUGCCGGUGCUGCCGGCGCACCUACAGCAGGUCAACCCGGCGCGCUACAGCGCCAAAGAGGUGCGCGAGCUCGCCGUGCAUAUCUGCCGCAGCCUCGACUUUGCCCUCUCGGCCACGGUGCAGCCCGACAUGCUCGUCGCCCCGCUGUUCAUUGCCCGCCAGUUCUUCGAGCAGGCGGCUGCCGUCGCUGCCGCCGGCGACCUCCUCCUCCACCACGACAACCUCGUCCUUGCCGACAACCGUCUCGAGCUCAUGUGGUGCGACGGGUUCCGCGCCCGCCUCGAGGCCAAGGGCCAAGACUUGCUCGACGUUGUUCAGACUAGGCGGUGGCAGGACCUGGCGUCGUACUGA